AUGGCAAAGGACCCUAGUAGGUCACAUGGGCAUUCUGUUAAAGCUCACGAAGAGCCACAGCCCAGAGAGGAAUGGUACAAUUAUGGGAUGAGGGACUUGCCGGAGGUGAAGAGGGACAAUGUCUCACAAAGUCUAAAACCAGGCCAUAACGCUGCCUCCUUCAAACAGGUGAGCCUGGGAUUCCAUCUCAGAACACAGGACAGAGCUCAGGGCUGGCUUCUUCUACAAGAAGAAAUUGAAAUCAAGAGGAAAGGAAGGAGCGGAAGGCUUCCCGUUGCCCUCUUCCUGUGUUGCAGCCAGAGGAGGGCUGGUUCACAGAACAAGACCCACAUAGUUCUUGCUGGUGGUUUGAGCAGCGUGUGCCUCCUUUUAGAAAGCCUUCUCUACCAAGAUCAGAAUCAUUGGCCUUCCAAGAUCAGUGACCUACUUCUUUACCCAAGCCUCCAUCGUCUCUGGCCCGCCCCGCCCUGUGAUCGCCCACACGUUCUGCUGCACAAACGCACAAGGUGGUCAUUUUUCUCUGAAAACUUUCUUCCCUUGGGACUUUGCUCUGCCUGCUCCUCCCUGGAGCAGCCUCGUCUCCCAUGGCUUUCCCAACCAUGCUCUCCCAGGGAUGCUCACCUGCCCGGCCCCUCAGACGUGCAAUCACAGCAGGACCAGCCUAGGAGCAGGGAACGUUGUGUGCGCAACCUGUAUCACUCACUUCAUCUAACUGUCAGGGUGACCCUAGGAGAGGAAGAGAAUUGUGACAAAGUUGAGAGACACAGAGCUCCAGAGUCACCCAGCUAAGGAAAGAGAAAGCCAGGAACCAAAUCUAUGAUAAUGGCAGGUUACCACAGUCAUUUGCAAGGUCCCUUAUCCAAAACAGGCAGAACCUUUCCUCGUCCUCCUGGGGUCUGGUCACUCCUCCCUGAGUUCCCACAUCUACGUACUUAUAAACAAUUGCAGUCUACUCCACGCUGUCAUACAAGGCUGUCAUUUGUGCGUGUGUCUCAUUCCCCCAACUACAGAGUGAGUUCUUUAGAUGAAGAACCGUAUUGCGGCUGCACUGCAUAUAGCAGAGGUAGUGCGUGUGGUCACUGAAUAAAUAAGUGAAUGAAAGAGUUGAUGGAGCAAUGGGAAGCAAGGGUUAUAGGCUCGGUGUAAAUUCUUUCUGACGUAACUUGAUGUACUACAAAGGCAACUGUGCCUAGAUCUGUUCAGCUUAGGGAUUGUCCUCACUGGGACCGCAAGGAUGGAGGACACACAGACACACGAACAGAAAAGCUGGAUUUGGGUAAGCUGCGUGCUCUGAUGGUGACACACC